GGGGGGUUAUGUGCUGACUCUUUGCAGUUUAACACAGAGGAGGAGUAUGGCAGCAAGCUAGAAUAUAAAUACUGAUAACUGGUUUGUUGAAUAAGAAUAACAGGACGUGAGCCUUGUGUCUAGGUAGGUGAUAAUGUUGUUUGUACACUUUGUUGCUGAAUUGUGUGUGUAGUAAUAUGCUGGGGGGUACGACUUGAUGUUUGUGCUGGUGGGUUAGAGAGGCGUUAACUGUGUGUGAUCCCCAGCUGGCAAACAACUUGCUUAAUGUAGAAUGUCCUGAAGGAGGCUCUUGUGUGAGAGGUAAAUGGCUGCAAUGGGUUUAAUGCUGGAAAUAUUCUCAUUCAGAGACAGAGCAUUUCAGGGCUAUUUAGUAAAGUAAGAAUUCAAAGUGAAUGUCCAGAUUAAGACCAGGGUUUCUGAAUGGAAAGCACAGCCUCUAGAAUGUAAGCUCAUUGAGCAGGGCCCCCUGUGUGUCCAGUUGUCUGGUUACAAUUACAUGUCUGUUAGGCCACCCAUUGUAUAGCGCUACAGAAUCUGAUGGCGCUAUAUAAAUAAUAAAAUUAUAUAUAUAUAUAUAUAUAUAUAUAUAGAUUUUUUUUUUUUUUUCUUUUUCCUCUGCCCAGUAUUUUGACCUUAACCCCUUAAGGACACAUGACAUGUGUGACAUGUCAUGAUUCCAUUUUAUUCCAGAAGUUUGGUCAUUAAGGGGUUAAAUUUGAAAUUGACUUUGACUUCUCAAGUUGGCAAAUGACCAGAGUUAAUUCAGUGAACAGUAGGUUUAUACUCGGAAGCUGAUUGUUGGGAUGAAAAUAAUCCAUUAUAAAUAGUUAUUAACUAAAUGGAUAACUGUGAAAUUGAAAAAGGAAUUUUACAUUUUAGGCUGAAAGAACAGUUGGAAAAAUAGAUCCCUUUUUUUUAAUGGAACUUUUUACUUAUUGAGGAAUGUUUACAAGGCUGCAUAAUGCAUUGGAGGUAAGUGUAAAAACACACUCGCCUCCACUGCUAACUUGUUCUGGGUGACUUUGCACCCCUAUUCCUCAUCUGCAGCAGAAUACUGUAGAAGUGCAUGUGUAUUCAGGCACGCCUUCAGUAGUCCCAAAGUAGACUACACGGCACUGCAGGGGUUAAACAAGGUAUGCUGUGUAAACUAAAUUUAAAAAAAAAUGUGUAUAGGUAGCUUUUAGUGAUAAUUAUGUCACGAAUGGACCACUUUUUAUUUGUUUCUGUUCUUGUAGAAUGAAUAGAAUAUCAUGGUAAGGGCUGUUUGUGUGACCAAAAUGGGCCACCAGUUUGCAUUUAAAAUAUAUAUAUAUUUGUACUAAUUCAUUUUCAAAGUAACUUUAAGGAACUAUAACCACUACAGCUUGCUUAAGAAUGGUUUGAUAUAAACUGUCCCACGACGCCUCUGAACCAGAUUGGCAAAGCAGAGUUUACAGAACCACUUUAUCACUGUCCUUUUUGGCUAGCGUAUGGAUUCAGAAACCUGCAAGAGAGGGGGAUUGAAAACCUAAACAAAUACUGCAUACAUUUAUUCAGAUUUUAUAGUCCUAUUAGUUCAGUAGUAAUCCUAUUUACUGCUGAAUAUGUUGAUAUUUACUAAAGUUAAAACUUAUAAUUUCAGGCAAAAAUGAUCACACUCACAACAUAGCUGACUUAGAGACUUGUUCAAAGUUGGCUAUUUUGUUCUACAAUAUAUAUAAAAAAAACAACAACAAUAAUCUCUCUUAGAAUUCCCAUCUAUUCGCAAGUAAGUGAAUAACCCGGUAUAUAAAACACAAUAAUAAAAUGUAAUCUAUGUGUGUUGCUGGGAAUUUUUGGGGGGAUUUCCAGGCUGCAAUUUGGGAGAGGGUGGAGCAUCAACUCUUUGUCUACUUCAAAGGAUACAGAGCAGCUCAGUUCACAUGACAGCAGCAGGAUAUUCUAUCAUACAUGCUGCACAACACUAAUCACUAUACUAAAUAUUUAUUCACUUGUGUGUAAAAUAAAUCUUUCUGUGAUUCUAAAUGCUUAGUUUCUUCCAGAAAAGGCAGAAAUCACAUGCACCAUAGGGUUUCCCUAUUCCUUCUGUUUAAAGGUUUGUUUGUUUUUUGGGCGGGUUGAAUAAAAACCUAGGUUCCCACCACCUUAUUAUAAAAUUAGAUAUUUUUUUUUUAAAUCUUCUAGAGCUGAGGCUCACUUGGUGCUGCCUCUCCACCUCCUAUGACAUCACAGAAGAGGCAUAGCCUCCUCUAGUGUAAUUCAAUCCAACGCCAAUGAGGAGCAUUAAAGGGAUACGCCAGGCACCCAGACCAUUUCUGCCAAUUGGAGUGAUCAGGGUGCCAACAACCCUGCAAGUUUAAUUAUUGCAGAUGGGGGGUGGGAGGGAGAGGGGCACUACAGGGUCCUGCAGUGCCAGGAAAACUAAUAUCUUUUCCUGGCACUGGAGAAUCCCUUUAAUGACCUGAUGCUAUGUGGUGAGCACCUUGCUCUCAUACAAGCUCCCCCAUAGGAAAACUAAUGACAGUGUGUAUGCAUACAUACACAUUCAUCUGCAAGGAGGCACCACUUCCCAUAUAUAUAUAUCUCUCUCAAGGUUAUGGGUGCCCUAAUUUCUUGUUGUCUGCUAGCAAAAAUGCCACUUUAUUCAUUUUCUCCACACACUCCUAUUUAUUUAUUUAUUUAUUUUUAAAGGUGAAAUUUUGUCUUGUAGAUUUGUGGGUUAAUUUUACAUAUUUGAGUAGCUGUGAUUGCUAUUUUUAUUCUAGUGUGCAGAUUAACCAUUUUUUGAGUAUCCUGAUGCUUGUAUCCUGCUGGAAUUCUAACACUAACCUGAUUAUAUAUAUUUUUUUUUUUUCUACUCCUUCUGUCCAUAAUUCAGAUGUUACAAUGGCAAACAAUUCUAGCAAUGUGGAAACCGAGCAGACUACAACUUGCUUGCACUUGACCUUUUAUCAUCCACAAAAUCAUAGGCAAAAUAUAUUUGGCGCUAUUCCGCUACGAACACCACAAGAAAUAAAGGCAGAGGCAACUGUAGCAUUUGGUCGAGAUGUAAAUACUUGCAAAUAUGUAUUUCUGUGCAACAGAGCUUCCCGGAUUCAGUUCGUCAUACAGUUCUUCAAACCAUUGCAUCAUGGCGGCCCUGCCUUUGAAAUAAAAAAUGUGAGCAAGAAAGCAAAGUUGUACGUUGACCACCUCGAGCUGAAUUACUUGAACAAGGUUGAUCUUCCUGCCAAAUGCAUAAUACAGUUUGGGGACUUUCAGAUGUUGUUAGAGAAAGAAGAAGGUGAAUCAGAAGAUGUGUUUGAGAUAUCUUGUGAUGUGUCUCGGACCCCCCUUGUUCAGGAAACUCAAGAACGUUUAAUGGUCUCAAUACCUGAAAAUGGCAUAUUAAAUGGGUCAGCUCCUCCAACUAUUCUUAAAUGUUCAAUUGCAGAAGAAACUGAUGAAAAUCAAUUGUGACUCACCCAAACAAGGACAUUGGGACUUGAACUUCACAGUAUAGAACUAUAUUUAUAUCUAUUUUAUUGUAUAAAUGUCUGUUAUAGGCAUAUAAAGAGUGUUUUUGGUUUUUCCUUUAAUGUAUAUUUAUUUUGUAAACACCAAUCCUACGUUACCCAAUAGUUAAUCGGUCCCCAGAUUGGUGAUAUGCUGACUUGUGCUUUUUAAGUAUCAGUGUUGGACUUAAGGGAUAUCCAAUACCAUCUCCUAGCUGGUAAAGGGAAUAGAAUUCUAAUUUGGUAUAUAAACAGUAGAAAGAGACAAGACUAGUAUGGCUGAAAUGGAAAUUUAGAAGCAGAUGGUCAGAAGAAUACUUCUGGUGAAGGGAAUCACACAGCCUAAAUGUUGACUGGGGAACAAUUUAUUAUUGGUUAAAAUUAGUGAAAAGUCCAAGAUUAUCAUGAGUUAAAAAUAUAUAACUGGAUUUUUACAUUGGUAGUGGAAAAUUGCCUCUAUCCUUUUUUUUUUUUUUUUUUUUACUGGGGUAUGUGUUACUUGAUGGAAGGCAGGCGCUACACAGGUGUGGAUGACUCUUCAGUGUGUAAUAAACUAUUUGACCAGUUAUAAAACCAAUUCAUGUAAUUUUUACAAAUAUUUAUAGUCAAGUGUUGCUAACUUUUAUGUUUGGUAUUAUAACCAUUUUCAGUCAAUAUCAGACCUCAACAUUCAUUAAUGCCUAACAUUUUAGGAUAUGUUUGUUUUAUUAAAAACUGUAAUAUUUGUGCCCAUUUUUGGUUUAAAACAACUACCCUGACCUGCCACCUUACUGAUGUUACAUGAUGUACCAGUAUUGGUUUUAUUUAUCUAUUUUUAAAUUGUAUCAUACUUACAAUAUGUGUGUGUAUAUAUAACAAGUUAACCCUGUCAAGAAGAACAGAAGCUCUUAAAUCGAGAUGAGAUUGGGAGAUCCCCCACUUCCAGACUCACUCACUUCUCUCAGAUAAUUCUAAAAUGUUGUAUUAUGCUGUAAAGUAUGUUCAUGCACAUGUCAUUUAUAUUGUACUGACUAGCUGGAUGGCUGUCAUGAAUAAAGAAUUAAGAAAAAAUAAAACUGUGGUUAUACCAGCUUAGAGAAGUUCCUGCUGUAUGCAUUUCUUCUGGGACACUGCCUUAGCUGGAUGGUGUGGG